AUGGGUCUAUCCAUGUUGCUUCCUCCGGAGCCCAUCGAUCCCGCAUACCAGCCGAGCACGUCGAUUGCGAAAAUCCCAGCAAAUGCACCGAUUGAAGAUAUACUCGAAAUCAUCGAACGGGAUGGAGGAGUCAUCCUGACAGAGUUCACGUCCGCCGAAGAGCUCGCGGCCAUUGAUCGGGACGUGGACGCUCAUCGAAAGCAGACGCGUGCCGAGAAGGGAGCGUUGCCGCAGAUUCCAAAGGAGACGCUGUCCGUCGCUGGGCUCGUGGGGAAGUCUCCCACGGUGGCUCGCAUGUGCGAGUAUCCCGUGCUGGAGAAGCUACGCACCGCCAUCCUGCAGGAGAAGUUUGACGUGAUCCGCGAAGACUACGUCGACCGCAACAUCAUCGAGCCUCUCCUGAGUAUCAGCCUGACGUUCUACAUCGGGCCGGGCGCGCCUCGACAGAGACUCCACAGGGACGACAACACGCACGGAACACGGCACGCCGGGGAGGGCUCCUUCGACCUGAAAAGGGCAGGGCAAUUCGCCUGCUUGGUGGCCGGGUCCAAGACGACUCGAGAGAAUGGCGCUACGAUGUUCAUCCCGGGUUCCCACAAGUGGGAUGACACUCGAGUUCCGCGCAUAGACGAGGUCUGUUUUGCAGAGAUGGAACCAGGUUCAGCUCUAAUUUUCCUGGCGUCAUGCUAUCACGGCGGCGGCCACAAUUCUACCAAGGACGAGGUGCGAAGAGUACACGGAUUGUUCUUCGUGCGUGGAACCAUGCGAACCGAAGAAAAUCAAUUCCUCGCCGUCCCGAGGAGUAAGGUGCUCACCAUGAGUGACAAGAUGUUGUCGCUGCUCGGAUAUAAGAAACCCACUUCGGCACUUGGGAUAGUCGAGAACGAGGAUCCCGCUUCGAAUCUUCGAACUUUUCUCGACAUGGCCAGUCAAUAA